GGAUCAUAGGAUCGAAGCUAUCAUAGCAAGAUCGGUCGUCAUCUCGAAUCGCACUCGAAAGUCACAGGAAAAUCGCGCGAAACACCAAACAUAAGAAGAAAAAGCGAUGGACCCCAACGCUCUCAACUUGAACGCGAACUUGAACUUGAAUUUCAUGACUUCCACCCCGAACGAAGUCAUCCCCAUCCUCUGUGGCACUUUCACCUCGGUCUACCUCUACAUCCUCUCUUUCUCCACCCUCACGCGGAAGUUGUCAGUACAUAAGAAGGUAUCGGCGGUCGGGCCGCAUCAGUACCUAGCGUUGAGUCCGGGGAGGGAUACGCUUUAUGCGACGGGGUGGGGGUGGACGCCGGGGUUGUACGCUUUUGGGAUCAAGGACGGCAGUAACGACGAUGAUGGGAAUGGUGGGGAUGGUGGUGAGAAGGAAGGGGAGGUAGGCAGAGCUGGAGAACCGUGGAAGUUGACAUUGGAUUACAAGGGCAAGACCCCGAUCACCGCCAUAUCAUCAUACAUAACGAUCCACGAAAACUACAUCUAUUCCAUCGGAGGGCCUACGGGGGAGGUACAUGCGGCCCCUUCUUCUUCUUCUUCUUCUUCUUCGACUUCUGGAUCAAAAGAUGGGGAGGUGGACAACGAUAACGGCUUUGGGAAGAAAAUACAAGAGAUGGUUUAUGUACCGGAAGAUAAGUUGGGGGGGUGGGAGAAGACGAAUAAAGCUCUGAGGUACGGAGCGCAUGGGAUCGAGUUUGAUAAGCGGGGGAGGGGGUAUGUGCCGGAUCUUGGAGAGAACUGUAUCUGGAUCCACCAAGCUCAACCGGACGGGACCCUUACGCUGGUGGACAAGCACGUCUCUUCCAGGCCGCAUGAUGGGCCUAGGCAUGCUGUGGUCGGGAGAGGAGAGACGAGCAAGGUCUUGUACGCGGUCACCGAGCAUACUCAGUUCGUGGACGUCUAUGAUCUCACCGAGUCCGGGUUGAGCUAUGUUCAUUCGUCGAGCUUGAUCCCCGCCGACGCCAACCCUGACGACUAUCGCGGCGAUACCAUCCGCACGUCCCCCUCGACCCCGUUCGUCUUUGCGACCACCCGUGGCAAGACGAGCUCGACCCGCGGUUACCUCUGCGCCUACGCCCUAGAUCCACACACCGGCCACCUCGUCUCCCCCUCUUCCACGCCCAGCGCGGUUUUUCAGACGCCGACCAGCGGAGGCCGGGCCAACGCCAUCGAGGUCAUUGAGACCAGGGGGAGGGGGCGAGGGGACGAGCUCGAGUGGAUAGUCUUGACGGACGAAGAGGAACGGCUCGUACUCGUCAUCUCUUGGAACGGGGUCGAGUUUGUCGAGGUCAGCCGGGUCCAGCUGGAAGAGGGGGACGGGGCGAGUCAUGCCGUCUGGUUGGAGUGAGGCUAGGGUCUCCCCGUCUGUAAUGGCGAUGAAAGAAGAGUUUCUGCUUGACUUUGGGAUAGAUGUUGUAUUUCGUGGUGCAUACGGUUUCAUGCCUAUUUCGUCUCACAGGAAUAUCGAGCUCGGCAGCGGCGCCUGGAACGACAAGCCCAUUUCAGUAUGGCCUGAAGAUUAAGACGAGGUAACCGCUACUCUGAUACACAUCGGGACAGAAAAUAGAAUCGGAUACCUCAAUCGGUUUGUCAGAAAGGGCGAAGGUAGAUGGAAGAAUGGCGGACUGGCUGGAUACUCGGACGCCAUCCCUAAGAGUUUCAGGAUGUCAGCAAUACCAAAAACAUGUUCAAGCUGCCAUCUACGUUGUGCCGAAUUGCUUUCUCG